CCCAAGGCGGCCACUUGCUGCGUCACUUUACUUUUAUACGUGCAGUGGUGACGCCUCCGGCUCGGCGAGAUGAGACUUUUGGUGUCUGGGUUAGAGGCUCUGAGACAGGAGCCAAAGUGCUGGACGUUCAUGGCGUUGCGGGACGUCUAAGCAGCGAUCCGGGACUGUGGGCUGUGUUAACGUCGGACUUGGCCAGCCAAAAGCGGGAAUGUUGGGCGGAUUGUUUUGCGUCAUACCAUCAAGAAAGAACUCUAGUUGACCUCUGUCUACAAAAAAGUGAUUAUCUUGGAAACAUCUUUUCUUUUUUCCCCCUCUAUUUUGGAUUAUACGAGUUAUUCUCUGAAAUGCUGACACGCAAACUACGACAUUGUAAAGUAAAACGAGUGAACUUUUUGUUCCUUGUGGCACUUGCUGUAGCAACCUUUACAUUUAUAACAAGCCGCAGCAAAUAUGCUUUUUUUACCAACCUGGAACUUACAGAAGAUAAUCCAAUUAUUUCUGCUAACUGCACCAAGAUUAUAAAAGGAGAUGUUGAGGAAAUCCAGAAUGCCAAAUUGGAGUUGUUAACAGUCAAGUACAAAAGCCAGCAGCAUCAGCUCACAGAUGAAGACUAUAUCAAUAUGACAAAUGACUGUGAAGCCUUUACCAGAGACCGAAAAUAUUUAUUGUACCCACUAAGCAAAGAAGAAAGGGAGUUCCCCAUUGCAUAUUCAAUAGUGGUCUAUCAUAGGAUUGACAUGCUAGAGAGGCUUCUGCGCUCCAUAUACACUCCUCAGAAUUACUACUGCAUUCAUGUGGACAAGAAAUCUUCUACAUCUUUUCUAAAUGCAGUGAAGGCCAUUACUUCUUGUUUUGAAAAUGUGUUCAUUGCUAGCCAGUUAGAAAAUGUGGUGUAUGCAUCAUGGGCUAGGGUGCAGGCCGAUCUAAAUUGUAUGACUGAUCUUCACAAUAAAAAUGCAAAAUGGAAAUACUUAAUAAACCUCUGUGGUAUGGAUUUCCCAAUAAAAACUAACCGAGAGAUGGUAGAAAUGUUAAAGGGAUUAAAGAGUCAAAACAGCCUGGAAACUGAAAAGAUGCCUCCCCAUAAAGAGGUUCGGUGGCGAAAACAUUAUGAGAUUGUUGACAAUGCCAUUAGGAAAACUGAAGAAGACAAAACACCUCCUCCACUCGAGACACCAGUGUUUUCUGGUAGUGCCUACUUCGUUGUAACACGAGCAUUUGUUAGUUACAUUUUGGAAAAUGAAAAAAUCCAACGUUUUUUAGAAUGGUCUAAGGACACAUACAGUCCUGAUGAAUUUAUAUGGGCCACUCUUCAACGAAUUCCUGGAGUACCAGGUUCUGUACCAGCUAAUAGCAAAUAUGAUGUUUCUGAUAUGAACGCUUAUGCCAGAUUUGUAAAAUGGGCAUACUUAGAAGGAGAUGUGGCCAAAGGAGCACCAUAUCCCCCUUGUGCUGGGAAUCAUGUUCGUUCCGUUUGUGUAUUUGGGGCUGGGGACCUGGAAUUUAUGCUGCAGAAGCACCACUUGUUUGGUAACAAGUUUGAUAUCGAUGUGGACCCUACUGCCAUUAAGUGCCUAGAGGAACAUUUAAGACACAAAGCACUCAAUCCAGAACUACAAAUUUAAUGUUUUUUGGCUGGCUGUCAUUGUGCUUCCUUGAACUGAGAAAUAACUUGUGGUUUGGAUAUUAUGAGCUCAAUUGACUAAAAAUUUUUUGCCUGUAUUUCUUUCACCUUGUGCAAUUAGUCAGUUGCAGUCACUGUGCCUUUACAUUGUUAACUGUAGAUAUGGAUGUAAAUCAAGCAGAACAACCAAAUAUCUGUAUAUGACUCAGAUUUACAUCCAUUAUAUUAUACUUUUCAUGUGUUGUAAUACAAUAUCAGAGACUCAUUUAUCUACAUAGAUGCUAAAUUGUGCAAGCACAGUCGCGAUUAGCAAUAAAUCAGUCUAUGAUUGAAUGCUGUGGCAACUGUACUUGCCCAGUUUAGCAUCUCUGUUCGUAAAUGAGCAAUCCAUUGUGAAUUUUCUUUUGAUGUGGGGAGAGAGAGAUCACAUAGAUAUAGUAUUUUUUACAUUUAGAAAUACUUAAAAUGUUAGUUAAUUAAAGCCAUAUGCAAAAUUUAAAGCGUUAAUUUAAAACUUAAAAUUGGAAGCCAUGAAUGUUUUCAUUAGAAGAGACCAAACCAAUAUUUUGUAACUUUUUUCCUGCACUUGAGUUGAAAAAUAAAGUUUAAUGUUAAUAUUUAUUUUGCUGUUUUACAAACAGACAAGGCUUUUCAUAAACUGAUCAUAAAAUCCAGGUAGCACCAAAGAAUUUGGUCCGUGGUGGACCUAUAUAGAUAUAACUCAAGUGAGUAAUAGUUAUUUUGUUUGUUUGAGAAAUUUUUCCUGUUUCUGUAAAAAGAUCAUUUUUGCUGUUAUUUAUUUUCCAAUUUCUUAUUUCUUUGUCAUGUUUUCCUGUUCUCCUACACAGAUUUAGUUGAAAUGUGCCUUCGAAAUUUUUAGUGAGUUUUCAAUAGGUUUGGGGAUGUAAUUCUGUGUUGUAAUAUUCAUGUUUGAUAUUUUUUAAAUGUUAAGUGUAUGUGGGUUUCUUGUGAUUCCCCCCCCCCCCAAACCAUCAGUCUCAGAAAAUUUUUUUUGAGACUAUCAAUAAAACCUGACAAAUUCAUAUUUAAUAUCAGUAUAAUAUUUACUUCAUAUUGGUACUGAAGUUAAAGGUGAUGGUUUGAAUUUUUUAUUUAUUUAUUUUUUUAAUUAAUAAAGGCUUUCCCUGUGAAAGGAAUAUUUUAUUUUGCUUCAAUAUUUUGCUACAAAUGUUUAUGCUUAAGAGCACCCUGUCGCCUGCCUCUAUUGAGGCAUUGCUUUUGGCUAUUGGUAGUAUGCUGGAGGUUGUACGUUAGGGAACAUAUAAUUGGUGGUUACUCAUAUCUGGUCUAAGGAUAUUAAAGGUCUAGUUUGUAAAUUCAAACGCAGCAUGCAAAAUAAGGCUACAGUUGUACAUUUUUUGCACUUCCGUUUCUGGGGUUAAGAAUGACCUCUUUAAAUGUAUCAAGGCAAGAAUUGUGGUAUGUCCAUCAUAUAAUGCUUUAAUCAACCAUAAUUGUAAACAAGAUAUUGAAGGUAAAGGCUAGAAUGGAAGUCUUUGUGUGUUAAAAUAUCACUAAUGCCUUUUUGUUACAAUGCUAGCAACUUUUUGGAAUAAGGCAUCCAGUACCUAUUGAAACCUCAUCUAAUUUUUUUUUUUUUAAAUUGCAGCAAGGGAAGAUUCUGAUAAUGUGAAUGAUAUACACAUUUUUGACACAUCUAUUUGUUUUGAUACAAAAUGAAAAGUGUUUUACACUUCAUGAUUUUUUUGAUCAGGUUAGGUUAACUUUUUUGUUUUCUUUCCCAUGAAAAUAUUGUAGACAAUAGUGCAAUUUUUCUUUUCCUCAGGGCAUUUUGUAAACUCAUUUUUGUAAGUGCCAUUCCAUUACUUAUAUGAAGGUCUAUGAAGUCUUUAUUUUUGUACAUUAUAAAAAGUUAUAUAUUUUUUUCUUAAAAUCAUAGUUUAAAUUUGUAAUUUUCAUAAAGCUUAGUCUGUCAAGCUGGUAUUUUGACUAAUAAAAUAAGGCCUGCUGUAAA